CAUGGCCAUUAGCAACUUUUAUCAAAUUUGUGAUUAUAUAUAUGACACUUUGGCCUGGACUCUUUCUUCAAGUCCCGAUGUGGUUUUUUCUGUAUCCAGUUGGACUCACUUGCUCUUCAAUUAUCAUCAUUAACAUCAUCGUACGAUUGGCAACAUUAUUAAGGUUUUUGUUUGCCUGCAUCAUUCCGUAUGUGUUGUUGUUUAUGUUGUGUGCUUAAAUCGGGAAAGGGCGGCGGCGGGUGAGAAUGUAUGAGAGAAGUGCAGUAGUGGAUCUUCA